UCCUGAUGAUGUCACUGAGUGGACGGCACAAAAAGGGAAUUUAAAGCUCUCUUUAAAUUCCCUUAAAAGUUAAAUGUUCUCAUCGCCACCGCCUUAUCGCAAGAGGAAGAAGGGUUACAAAGUCUGUGAUGGUGCACUGCCUGUGUGACAUCAUCAUCAACCAGUACAGAAACACUUUAAAUCACUGCAAUGUGGCAGCUGGACUGUAAAUCAAAAGCAGAGUAAAGUAAAGAAGAUUAAGAAGUACAGUUGAAAAAUGAAUUGCGAUUCCCCCAUCACGAUCUACGUCGACGCAGAUGAAAACCUCCCACCUAAUGCUUUAUUAACAGACACCAAGCCUGCCCUGCUCUUGCCAGCGCCCACGGUGGGCGACACUUUCACGUUCAUCCGUUGCCGGGUCUGUCAGCAUUCAGUGUCACUGCAAGGAAAAGCUCACCAGAAUGUCGUCAAGUGUAACGCGUGCAAAGAAGUGACGCCAAUAAAAUCUGCUCCAGUUGGAAAGAAGUAUGUGUGCUGCCAGUGCAACCUCCUGUUGAUCUGUAAAGCCACUGCCCAGCUUAUUCCUUGCCCACGACCUUCUUGUAAGCGCAUCAUCAAUCUUGGACCCAUUGCUGAUGAUAGCCCUGACACUCCUGCGACAAGUGAACCAAUUGGCGCCAGAGUCAUCUGUAUUCACUGCGCCUGCUCCUUCCUGUGGACUUGGACGGACAAUUCUGGGGAGACCCUUGCGCAGUGUCCACACUGCAAGAAAAUACAGUGGAAGGUUGAAGAUGAAGAGGCAAACAGACAAGUGAGCGCAGGCCGUUCAUGUCUUCACCAGGGCCGUUUUUAUGUCCCAGUCCUGCUCUAAAUGACUAAACGUAUUCAACCUCCUCAGUUAGAUUCCAUUCAUUUUCUCAAUCGUUUAUGCUUUUCCUUAUUCUUCAAUAAAAUUUCUUCAUUAAAAUUUCUUUUUUUAUUUUCAAGUGUACUGAUAUUCCUGCUUGAAUUGUGCUCUUACUCCGCUUGACCAGUGGGGUCCAGACAUAAAAAAAGUUUUAAUACCGUGGACCAUGCUUCGUAACUCGCAAAAACAUCCUGAAGUUUAUCCCACGCACGCAAUACAGAACCAGCUGGGACCUGGGAUCGGCCACACACUCGAAAACAUGUUGUCUAUCAAGUUUCGCGCUACCAUUCAAAACUAAGACAUUCACAAAAAUCGCAAGAAAUGACAACCACAAUGUAG